GUACCCACUUAUCCUGUCAGAAUCAGAAAAUUGCUGCUGCAGGUGUGUUAUUUAUCGCUAAGGCAUUUUCGUUGAUGGCUAUCAACUUCCGUACUUUUCAUUAGUUGAGCACUAGUUUAGCUUGUUCUCUUCAGGCACGUAUUGAAGAACAUCGUCUACUACGUACUCGAUGUCCAUUGACUUAAAAAGUUGAGCUCCACCCACUUGUAUUAUUCGUUUCUUUCCCUGGUCUCUUCUAGCUAAGAUUGGGCUUUCCUGAAAAUGGUGAAAAGGAAGCGAUUGGGGAAGAAUAAGACCAACAGGGUCUCAUUGAAAGACCUAGCCGAGAAGCGACAGAAACAAGCUGAGAAGGUACAAAAAUUGAAAGUCAGUGCCACAUGAUAUUAUAUACGCAUGGUGCAUGGAGUGGCAUGGAGAGCAUGGAGCACUUGCGCCACUCCCACGCAUGGAGUGCAUGGGGUCGCCGCGUGUCACGGAUGGAGUGCAUGGAGCACGAGGUGGCGCGCUAGCCUCUGCCAUCAGCCGCUCACCUCCUGUCGAUCGAUGGAGCAGCGGCGCAACGCAAAAGCGGCCCAGGACUGAGAGGCCCUCCCCCCUCGCCUGUCCGCUUUCUAUGGUUGCGGACCCAGUAGGGGACGCCACUGUGAGCCUCAGGCCGUUCCCGCUUGAGAGCCCUGCCUUCGACGAGCCCCCCCGGCCUCCGGUUCUGCGGGGUACAUGCAGGAAAGGCGCCCCUUCAGCCCGGCAGACCCCGCCAAAAGGGGACCCGCCGGGGCUGAGAGGUUCCCCCCUCGCCUUCCCAGGUCGGGGACGAUGGGUAUUGCGCCCUGGUUGAGCCCUGGGACACACAUACACAGCCCCCCUCUCCAACUUUUUGCAUGGGUCAGCCCCGUGUGGUUGCCUAGAGCGGUGCAGCAGUAGCAAGGCUUGCUCCGGAAAAGGAGUGAACCUCCCAAGGAUGCGACUUGCUGGGCCCUUUGCCAAAAUUUCCGGGCACCGAAGUACCUGGCAACGACCACCAGGGGCAGCAAUGUGUGUCAGGGCGCCUCGAUCUAUGUAGCAGCAAGCCCGGACUGCCGGCCAGUGUGGGCGUGGUGCUUCGUCCUCGAGUCGACCGCCCCAUCGUCUCAUCGUUGCAGUACUUACAGGGCUGCAGCGGACGAGUCUCGGGCAAAGGGGUGCCCGAAGGGCACCCCGCAAAAUUUUCACGCAUGGGGUGCAUGGAGUAGAAGUGGGGGCUGGCAAGAUUCUUGCCACUCCAUGCUACUCCAUGUGAUUCAUGCACUCCAUGCCAUGCACGCCACAAAAGCUUAUAAAUUAUUCUGUGAUAAUGAUAAUAUAUAUUGUAGCUCAUAUUUAUUAUGUUCGUCAAUAAUGAUAAUCUUGAAGAUGAAAACGAUAGGAAAAUUGAUUCAGAUGAGAACUUUAAUCAAUUAAUCUGAGUAUUCUCGUUUUCAAACAAUACUCAGGAAUUGAAGAAGACAUUGCGAGAAGUGCGUGCGAGUAGGGAUGAGCACAAGGUGAUUAAGAGGCGCAAGGCGAAUGCGCCAGCGCCCAUAGAAAAACGGAAAGGUCUCGGGUAUGCGGGAAUAUCAGCUGGCGCUAGAGAUUAUGGCCAUUUUAAUAAAUGUUAUAAACCAACACUGGCACCAUGUCCUCUCAAUCAUGUAAGUAGUCGAUCAUCUUGUGAUGCGGAUCUCAAAAUGGAGGUCCUCUUGUAGGUGGUUGUAGCACGUGUUUUUCGAAUUGAACUACAGGAGGUAGAUGAAAUAUGAUUAUCACGACUUCUACGAGAAGUGGUUUCUAAUGAGAACAAUUCGAGAGGGCGAAGGAGGCGAGAGCAAAGCGGCGGGUAGAAAAACUGCUUGCCAAAGAAGCAAAGACAAGUGGUGCAAGUGUUGACAAAGGAGUUACUGGCAUAACGAAAGAGAGAAGGACCGACAAGAAGGCUGCGAUCUUACAUUAAGGCUAUAAUCGAUAGUUCACUUGUUCCACUACGUACCAUGAUGAAUUGGAAUUUAAUAUUGAUCAGUCCUCUUCGAGUGAUUCUCAAACACUUUGGUAUCUAAGUUUUCUCCUUCAUUCCAUCUUUCAAUCGAUCAAUCAGUCAGUCACUGGCUGUUUGAUAAAUUCUUAGCAAAGAAACAAAUGGAACUCAUAUGAUAUGACAUGUAGGAGGAAACAAAUUGAACUUGUAUAAUAUAUACCAUAGGUCAUGUGUCUCGACGUCUAAUUGCAACUGAAGAAUGAUGAGGGAGGUUUUGCAGCAUUGUUGGGGGAGGAUAUAAGAAUAUGAUGCAAACUUUUCUUUGAAAGAACAAGAAGUCCCGCUCUACUUCUGAAUUCCGUUCUGGUGUAUGCUUGCCCAUGACGACGACAACGACGACGACCGCGACCCUGCCUCAUAUUUUAUUGACGUUCUGAAGAUACUGAUAUAUUUUUUUGUGUAUCAGAUUCAGACGUUUACGUCGAUCUUCAUGGAGCUAUAAUUCGAGCCACAUUCUGACGCUGACCUAGAAGUCAGACGAGCUUGAAAUGGAAGACUCACGCGAAUAGAGUCCUUUUUCCUAUGAUUGCCCGGCAUUGUGUUCGCAUGUAAUGUCAAUUUGUUCUCGUUGU